UUCUGGAGAUGAAACGAGAAUCAAUCUCUCUCUCUCUCUCUCCUCUCUUUCUCUCUCUAAUGUGAAGCUCUAAUGGCCAUUAUCUCCGACACAACAAUCAAAACCAAAACCACUUUCCAAAUGAAUGGCAACAAGAAUCUGUUUCCCCAAACUCCUCUUCCGCUUCAAAAAUCCUUCCUUUCUCUCUCCACAUUCACACCCUCCUAAACCCACUUUUCCUUCUCACCCAUUUUCCUCUUCCUCUUCUUCUUCUCGGCCGUGUCCAUGGUUUCCGCUUCUCGACGCUUCGCAAACCUUAAUUCAGGUACGCCAAGUCCACGCCAACAUGCUCACUUCGGGCAUUUUCACCUCCUUUUGGGCGAGAAAAUUCCUCAAGUUUUACUCCGAUUUCGGCCAUGUCGAUUACACAAUUUUGAUCUUCAGAUACAUAGAUUUUCCGGGUGCUUUCUGUGUUAACACGGUUUUGAGGGCUUAUUCGGUGGGUUUUGAUUCCAAUCAAGCUCUGAUUUUUUACUUUGAAUCGCUCAGAAACGGAUUUUCUCCGAAUAGUUACACUUUUGUGACGGUUUUGGGGUGUUGUGCGAAGUUGGGAAGUUUGGAAUCUGGGGAAAUGUGCCGUGGACAAGCGAUUAAGAAUGGGGUUGAUUCUGCUCUUCAAAUUCAGAACUCUUUGAUUCACAUGUACGGAUGUUGUGGGAAUGUUGGACUUGCCAGGAAGGUGUUAGAUGAAAUGUCUGAACGAGAUUUGGUGUCUUGGAAUUCGCUUCUUGAUGUAUAUGUGAGAGUUGGUCGUGUGGAUGUUGCUCAUAGAAUGUUUGAUAAAAUGCCAGAGAGAAAUGUGGCGUCGUGGAAUAUAAUCGCCAGGGGGUAUUUGAAUGGCGGGGUUCCCGGGUGCGUUUUGAAGCUGGUUAGGGAAAUGGGGAAGUUGGGAUUGAGAGGUGACGGUACAACAGUGGUGAAUGCGAUCACUGCUUGCGCUCGAGCGAGUAGACUGAAGGAAGGAAGAUCUGUUCAUGGUUCUCUGAUCAGGACCGGUUUGGAAUCGAGUGUGUUUAUCGAUACGGCUUUGAUAGAUAUGUAUAGUAAAUGUCAUAGAGUGGGGGUGGCUUGUACAGUGUUCGACAACAUGGUGGAGAAGAAUUUAGUUUCUUGGAAUGCAAUGAUCUUGGGGCAUUGCAUUCAUGGCGAUCCGUUAGCCGGGAUUAGGCUAUACAAUGAAAUGGUGGGUAUAAAAAGUUCCAAAAAUGAAGAAAGCGACAAUUGUGAAAUUCUAAGGCCUAAUGAAGAUGGAGGAGGGAAACUUCGUCCUGAUGAAGUUACAUUUAUCGGUGUUCUUUGUGCCUGUGCUCGUGCUAGACUCUUACCCGAAGGCAAAGAUUACUUCAGGGAAAUGACUAAUGUUUUCGGGAUAAAGCCCAACUUUGCACAUUAUUGGUGCAUGAGUAAUAUUUUUGCUAGUGUGGGGCUUAUUCAGGAAGCUGAGGAAACCAUCAGGAACAUUCCAGAAAAUCUUGUGGACGUAUCGUCUGAUUCGUUCAUUUGGGCUGAUUUGCUUAGCUCGAGUCGCUUCCAAGGGGAUGUUUCUCCGGCAGAAGACAUUGCGGUGUCUCUGAUUAAGAUCGAACCUCAGAAGCUUUCCUACUACAGAUUGUUGUUGAAUGUGUAUGCUUCGGCCGGUAGAUGGGAAGACGUUGCCAGGGUGAAAGAGAUGGUGAAGGAAAAAGUAGUGGGAAGAAUGCCCGGGUGCAAUCUUGUAGAUUUGAACGAGAUUGUCCACAAUUUAAAAGUGGGGAACCAUUGGCAAGAGCCCAAUAUUGCUUUGGCUGAUUUAGCUCAGAAGUUAAGGUCGUCUGGAUAGUUAAACAAAGCAGCAGUUUUAGUUGGCUAAUAGUCGAUUUUUGCUUACCUAACUUCUCUGCGACUUGGACAUACUAGUAUUUACAUUACUUCAUGUGAGAGCUUCUUCCGAGUCGAGCAGGACAAUUUACGGCUUUUUUAGUUGGUACGUAAGAGUUGGGAUUUGAGUUGUUGUCCCUAGAAUUACUCUUUCCAAAAGCAUUCUUAAAAUAUUGCAACGAACGGCAAAGGAUGAAGAAAAGGAAACUCUGUUCUUUGUUGUCAAAGCCAAGAGUCCAAGAAUGCAGAGAAAUUUUUGGAUUACGGAUGUGAGCUCUGUGGAGUUCAAUAUAGCCCCUGCUCCAGACCAUAAAUCUUAUUAAAUUUUGGAUUCGUGUAGUUCAUUUUUUUAGUACCCAAGUUGUGUUAUUGACUUGUUUGAUGGGUGAUUCAUUUAUAUAGUCGAUUGUUUCAGCAAGUUCCAACUCGAUUAGAGAAUAAAGUUCCAUCAAGCUGAACUGAUUA